AUGGAGCUGCUGGUGCUCCUGCUCUUCCUCGCCCUCCCCGUCCUCCCGGUGCGCGGCGGCUCGUUGGUGCCUCCGCGGCGGUCGCUCCACCUCGAGCUGGCGCGCGUGGACGCCGCGGCGGCCGCCAACCUCACGGACCACGAGCUCAUCCUGCGCGCCGUGCAGCGCAGCCUCGACCGCCCGGGGAUCGUGGCGCGCUCUGGCGGCAGCCGCGGACGGGGCGCGCAAGGCCGUCGCGAGCGAGGCCCCGCUGGUGCCCGGUGGCGGCGAGUACCUGGUCAAGCUCGGGAUCGGCACGCCGCAGCACUUCUUCUCGGCGGCCAUCGACACGGCCAGCGACCUCGUCUGGUUGCAGUGCCAGCCCUGCGUCAGCUGCUACCGCCAGGUCGACCCGAUCUUCAACCCCAAGCUCUCCUCCUCCUACGCCGCCGUGCCAUGAAGCAGCGACACCUGCGCACAGCUGGACGGCCACAGGUACCUACUUGUACUCAGCGAUGCACUGCACCAAGUUUAAUUACUACGUAUAUACAACCGAGAGACGCAGCAAACGUACUGACACGCAAAUGCAUGUGCAUAUGUGACGAGUACACCUACAAGUACAGCGGGAACGCGGUGACGAAGGGCACCCUGGCCAUAGACAAGCUGGCCGUCGGCGGCGACGUGUUCCACGCCGUCGUCCUCGGCUGCAGCGACUCCAGCGUUGGGGGCCCUCCCGCGCAGGCCUCGGGGCUGGUCGGCCUCGGCCGCGGGCCGCUCUCGCUGGUGUCCCAGCUCUCGGUCCGUCGGUUCAUGUACUGCCUGCCACCGCCCAUGUCCAGGACACCGGUAAAGCUCGUGCUCGGCGCGCGCGCGGACGCCGUCCGGAACGUGUCGGACCGGGUGACCGUCACCAUCGUCCAGCACGCGGUACCCGUCCUACUACUACCUCAACUUCGACGGGCUGGCCGUGGGCGACCAGACCCCGGGCGGCCGGGCACGAUCAGGAGGCCAACGUCGCCGCCCACGUGUGGUGGUGGCGGCGGCAGCGGCAGCGGCGGCAGCGCAAACGCGUACGGGAUGAUCGUGGACGUCGCGUCGACCAUCUCGUUCCUGGAGGCGUCGCUGUACGAUGAGCUGGCGGACGACCUGGAGGAGGAGAUAAGGCUGCCCCGCGCCACGCCGUCGCUCCGCCUGGGUCUGGAGCUCUGCUUCAUCCUGCCGGAAGGCGUCGGGAUAGACCGGGUGUACGUGCCGACGGUGUCGAUGUCGUUCGACGGACGGUGGCUGGAGCUGGACAGGGACCGGCUGUUCGUGGAGGACGGCAGGAUGAUGUGCCUAAUGAUCGGCAGGACGAGCGGGGUGUCCAUCCUUGGGAACUUCCAGCAGCAGAACAUGCAUGUCCUCUACAACCUGCGCCGGGGCAAGAUCACCUUCGCCAAGCCCAGCUGCGACUCUUUGCCAUAG